AUGAAAGGACUGAAGUCUGGUGCUCUAAUUGAUGCUAACGAUGACAUAGAAAGACGCUUACUUGAAUUCAAAGCCAGUUUCAGAGCACUAUUAGAUGACCGCAACUAUGCAUUUGUUGAUAGACAACAUAUAUGUGGAUUGAUUAGGAAAUUGAAUGACGUACGUGUUUAUGUCAUUCAUUAUAUUCAGUCGUAUUCUUCCAACAAUCUUACUGUGAGUCAAUCAAAGCUAGGCACCGUCACUCUAAAUGAUGUCAUAUAUUUGUCUUGGAAGCAUAUCUACUAUUAUAUCUUAUGCAGAUUGCUAAGAAUAUUAGCAACACUAAAGAGAAAGAAGAGAAGUUUGAACCUUUCAACACAGUACAAAAAGUGUUUUAAGGGAUUUAAAGUAUUGAUCAGCGAUAUAUUAAGUGCUCUAAAAGAAAUACUGUUAACAGUGCUUACGCUAGCUGAUCCUAAUGCCAUCUUCAGUCCAACUAUUAUUAAACAGCUACUGUCAAUAUUGAAUGUGGAAAGUCUACCCACGAAGACAACGAUAAGCGCCAGUGCAAGGAUAUCCCUCCCUAUUAUCCAAUCUGUAAACCAAUUAUUACUUCAUAUUGGCGAUACACAAGUAAAGUCAUCAUUUAUCCUUGGAAAAUCUUUAGGUUUUGAUAUUCCAAACACUUAUUACUUAUCAAGUCUGAUAACGCCAUAUGAAGGUACAUGCCGUCAAAAAAUUGCUGACUACUUUUGGGAAACCAAAAUGUAUGAUAAUUUUAUUAUUAAAUUAAUUGAGUCAAUGAUUGUUCCGACUAGAAAUACUCGUCCUACACAAAUAAUGUUUUUAGAGUAUUUUAAAAGAUAUACGCGCUCUUCGUUUGCAACAUUUAUUAAUUAUUGCAUCAAAAUAAUCAACAAAGGCGAUAUCGAACAAAGUAUGUCUCUUGAAACAGAAGGGAUUUUACAAUUUUUUCAAAAUCCAAGCCAAAUCCUCGACCAGGCGCUCUUGAUGAUUUACUUCUUCCAUAUUUGCCCAUUAUUGGCUUCUCAUGGUAAUUUCGAGUAUGAAUAUGACAAUAUCAAGAAACUAAGUUACAAAAAUCUUGAUGAUAGACAUAAAGCUAUCCUUCAACUAAUAUUUGAGAUUCUAGAAAGCCAUGUGCUCACCCAAAUGCCAAACAAUGAAGAUUUACAGAUAAGUGACUUAGUAUUACUGAGGCUUAUUCUGGUAUGGAUAAAAACUAACCGGCCAAUAUUAUUUUUUGCACAUAGACGCCGACCGUUUAUACAUCAAAUGGCAUCAAUACAACAAAAAUAUGCUGUUCAAUAUCAAAUAUCAAAUGCCAACAAAAUAAUUCAUCGACCUAAAAGACUUUAUUUAUUCAAGGAGGACAUCGACUACAGAGGACUGAUAUGUUUUGGCUCAGAACUCACUGACUUCAAUGAUGAACUAAUUCAGAGUUGUGAGGAUGUUGCAGAUAGGAUUAUGGGUUUUGUUGAUCAACAGGACAAACUAUCCGAGGAAGAUGAAUUAAAACUUCGAUACCUAGCUAUCUGCUCAUCGAUAAAUAAGUUUAAUGGACAGACAACAAACACAAUAAGUUAA